AUGGCUCCUUCAGCAAUCAGCACAAGUAACUCCCCAGAAGGACUACGUCCUGUUGCCAUCAACGGCCAGAAAAUCACGUCUUCCCUCAAGAUGGAUAAUCUCUCCCUUUCCCCCAACCAAACCCUCACCAGUGUUCUCUCCUCUGAAUCUCUCGACCUAGUCUGCGUCGGGUUCGGCCCGGCCUCACUCGCCAUUGCCAUCGCUCUCCACGACGCCUACUCCAAAUCUUCGCUGCCUCCACCAAAAGUUCUUUUCUUAGAGAGGCAACCUGAGUUUGCCUGGCACGCGGGUAUGCAACUCCCUGGUGCACGAAUGCAAAUUUCGUUCUUGAAAGAUUUAGCUACGCCUAGAGAUCCCCGAUCCAAGUUUACUUUCAUCAACUACUUGCAUUGUAAGGGAAGGUUGAAUACUUUUAUCAACUUGAGCACUUUCCUGCCAAGUCGUAUGGAAUAUGAGGAUUAUUUGAGAUGGUGCGCUAGCCAUUUUGAAAAAGAAGGAUGUGUGAAAUAUGGUGCAAACGUGGAGUCGGUGGUUCCUUCAUCGCCUUCAGCUGAAGAUGGAAAGAUUCCUUCGUUCACUAUUUCUUCUUCUUCUCCUUCGGGUGAACUUAUCACUCAUUCUGCUCGUCAUGUGGUUAUUGCUGUUGGUGGAAAACCUAUCAUUCCACCUGUUCUCCAAAACAAACCUUGCGUAUUACAUUCUUCUCAAUUCGCUACCAAUAUUGGAAAGAUUGAGAAGCUGCAGAAGGAAAGGAGAAAACCAUUGAGAUUUGCUGUUAUUGGUAGUGGACAGAGUGCUGCCGAGAUCUAUAAUGAUUUAUGGGAACGCUUUGGUGAAGAGACGGGUGUUACUGUUAAGUUGCUUGUCAAGGGACAGAGUUUGAGACCAAGUGAUGAUAGUCCAUUCGUAAACGAGAUCUUCGACCCUGACCGCGUAACACCUCAUUACAACCGACCCUCCCACCUUCGAGCCGCCGGAAUCGUUCUCGACCGCGCCACAAACUACGGAGUAGUACGUCUAGAACUCCUCGAGCAUCUCUACGAAAAACUCUACAUCCAACGUAUUAAAUGUGAACGCACAGGAGCCGAACCCCGCGCAGCCAUCAUCAUAAACCGACGUGUAACUUCCGCAACUGCAUCUCCUUCUCAAGAUAGUUUACGUCUGAAGAUUGUAACUGAAGAUGGAGAUGAAAAGGUAGAAGAGGAAUUGGAUGUAGAUUAUAUCUUUACAGCUACGGGAUAUAGAAGAGAUGCUCAUGUUAGUAUUUUGGAAGGAUGUGAGGAACUUGCUACUGGGGAGGGAAGUGAUGUUAAAGGGGAGAAUGGCUUGGUUAAGGGUAAAUGGGCUGUUGGGAGAGAUUAUAGAGUUAAGAUGGUGGAAGGGCGUGUGCAAAAUGAGGCGGGUAUUUGGUUGCAGGGUUGUAAUGAGUCGACGCAUGGGUUAUCCGAUUCUCUCCUCUCAAUUCUCGCCAUCAGAGGCGGAGAAUUAGUCGAGAGUAUGUUUGGGGAACAACUUGCUCAAGCUGGAAAGAGAUAA